AUGAGGACGGACGAAGACCGUGCUCCUGUCGAUCUGCAGGCCCGUCUGCAGGCCCGUCUGCGGGCCCGUCUGGGGGGACGCCUGCAGGCCACUCGAGGCGCCACUGGGAUCUGGAUCUGGUUGGCUGCCUUCUCCAUCAUCGGUAUCCUGGGCUCGGCAUUUGCGAGUUGCCGAACCGCAAGCGUCUCUCCGGCGGCCCCCUCAAUCGAGUUCCAGGUCACCGUGGCUGGCGGCGGCCGCUGGCAGUACGAGGUGUCGUGGACCCUGAUGUGCAGCGGCGCGUUGAUCGGCAGUGGAGGAGCCCCCUGCUCCGGCAACCUGUCCGCGCCGCCCGGCGAGUGCACGCUCGACAUGAACGACUCGUACGGCGACGGCUGGAACGGCGACCGGUGGGAGGGUGCGGGCUAUACGUUCACGCUCGACUCCGGAUUCUCCGGCAGCGCGACCUUCACCCUCGCACCCCUGCUUCCGCCCUCCGCCUCGCCGAUGCCGCCGCCGCCGCUGCCGCUCGAUUGGGUGUGUGCUGACGACUGUUGGGACGGCGGCGACUUGGUCACCACGAGUAGGGACGGUUAUUGCGACGACGGCGGACCUGGCCACGACUACUCAAUCUGUGAGUAUGGGCACGAUUGCUGGGAUUGUGGGGCGCGUGGCACGUUAGGCUGGACAGUUGAGGAUGGCAAGAAGUGUCCCAUCCGUUGGGCAGAAGGCGAGCAAGCGCCAUUCAUCGAUUUCAGUAGUUGCCCUCUCGAGCCCGACCCGCUGCUCGUUGCAGUCAUCAUCUGCGCAUGGCCCUUCGCACUUAUCUUCGCAAUGAUCCUCGGCCAGUCGCAGCCGCAGCAGGCGCAGGCGCAGGGGCAGGCCCGGACAGCUGAGGGCGGCGAAUCGGCAAUCGGCAUGCCCAACGAGGAGGUGCCCGAUUCGUUGCCGGCCGAUCCCAUCGACUCGACACGCUCCGAUGGCAAGCUUGGCCGCGUGCUGGCCGGGACAAUCUCAGAAGGCCAUGUCGCCGAAUGCCCCAUCUGCAUGGAGGGGCUGUGCCUGCGGCCCUGCGCUGUGUUCGUUCGCGGCGCGCGGAGGACUUGCCCGCAUUACAUUCACGAAGAUUGUGCCGAAAUGCUGGAGAACGCGCGGUCUACUGUCGACCACGAGUCGGGCACGGGCUUGAUGUGCCCCCUGUGCCGCACUGACAGCGCUGCGAUUCGGCUGAUGCCGCGAAUCGAAGACAAUCCUCGCGCAUGGUUCGCCGCCGCCGAUGCGGCGGGCGACGGGCGGCUGUCGCGUAGGGAGGCGGAGCUCGCGCUCGUCUCGCAGUUCCCGCUCAACUACGCUGAGUUGAGCGCGUCGCUCGACGAGUGCUGGCGACGGUGGGACCACGACGGCUCGGGGUUCAUCUCGACGGAGGAGUUUGUGGCGCCCGGGACGGGCCUGCUCGACUAUGCUCGCAAGUACUUGCUGCGAGAGACGCCCGCCCCCGCCGUCGCGGUCGCGAUGAUCUACUAG